UCCCAUGAACACAAAUUUAACUUCAAGAAGAGCAAGGAAAUGUGUUUAAGUUACAUUCAGGAUGCCGUGCUACAAAAGCAGUGGAAAAAGGCUGCAGAGUUUCUGACCUUCUAUACUGAGUCACUAGAGAAAGACUUUUCUAGAGAAUAUAUGGGUCCAUCAGAGAUUAUUUGGAGAAUAGGAACUGAAAUUCUGUGCCAUCAUUCCCACAACACCAUGAAAGAGUUCAACUCUUUCAUUGAACAGAUGAAAACUUUAGGAGUAAAAAGGUAUUUGAAAGUUUGUUUAGAGCAUGCCUUUCGUCUCCUUUGUAAUGGACUAAUAGAUGAAGCUUACCAAAACCUGUCCCUGGCAGAAAGCUGGAGGUUUGGAGAACGAACAGCUAUUCAGGAUAAAGAAAUGAAACUGAUUCAGGCUUACAGGGGACUGUUGGACUACUAUAGCUGGUCUAAGCAGAAGAACAUCCUGUUAGAGCAUGGUCAGGAUGGAUUUGAAGACUUGUCUGUUGAACAGGAAAUGCACAGUUGCUUUCGGAAGGCAGCAGUGAACUUAAAGGAAAUUAUUACAAUACCUGGAGUCUGGGAUCUCUUUGUGAAAUGCUAUGUGGAUUUGUUGGAGUUCUAUGGAGACCAUGAUGAAGCUCGCCAAGUAUUAAAUGAUUAUGCCUACAACUCAAAGUUUCCUGCUAAUCCCAAUGCUCAUGUUUACCUCUAUCAGUUCCUGAAGAGACAUGGUGAAUCAAAGAAAUCACUCAUAUCUGCACUCAAGAUCUUGCAUGACAUUGUUCCUUCUCAUGAACUAAUGAUAGAUUUUAAUACCAUGCUUCAAAAAUCAAAGAAAAGAAGAAACCGUCGACUGGGGCUAGAAGUUAUUUUUGCAGCCUUGGAUUAUGCUGGUUGGAAGGAAAAUGUAAAAGCAUGGAGCUGUUUGGCAAGACAGGUGAAACAUACCGUAAUCUCUGAGAAGCAUCUUGACUGGAUCAAGCAAGAGUGGAACUCCAGAAAGGACUGGUGGCCAGCCUUCCAUUUUAGUCAUUACUUGGCAAAAAGGAAUUGGCAGGAAAAUGAAAGCCUUUCAUAUGAAAAAGCUCUGGUGGCUGGAAUCUUACUGGGAAAGGAUUGCAAGUACUUUAAAUAUGUGUCACACCAAGGCUGCAAAGCUCAGGUGAAAAGGGCUCGGAUACUGAAGAAAUUUGUGAAUAAGCACAAUCAUGUCUACCUGAGAAUGUCUGGUCUUUGAGUCCUCUGUGCAACCUUUUAAUAGGCACUCUUAAGGUUCUUCCUGCAUUUUUUUUCUCUCUGUGAAACUGACUUUUCUGGUACUGUUCUAAAACUUCUAGGCAGACCCUAUUGACUCAGUACUAGACUCUCUUCCGUAUUUCUGUAAAAAUGCUUUGGUUUAUAUGUAUUUUAUAAUAAAAUGAAUAUAAAUCAAC